GGCUGGUGCCCGUUGCCAGUAUCCGGCGUGAGAGAGAGCGCAUGAGAAACAGCGCGACAGAGUGAAAGAGGAGAGAGAAGCGCAAGUGGGAGAGAGAGAGAGAGAGCAAGAGGAACGCAAGAAACUACAGCGACGAUGGCCGUAUCAGCAACUCCCCCCGUGCUCUCCCCCACCUCCACGCCGGGGUCCGGGGGCUUGUUCCGCUCCGACCCGCUGUACACCAGCCCCGCCGAGUCGCCGCGGCUGACCAGCAGCAUGAUCAACACCUUCAUCAGCGGCGGCGGGGGCAGCGGCAACGGAUCCAGCGGCAAUAACGAGUGUAAAAUGGUGGAGGUCCACGGGGUCAAGGUGGCCUCCUUUAACGUGGACGGGCAGGAGCUGAUCUGCCUGCCGCAGGUUUUCGAUCUCUUUCUAAAGCACCUGGUCGGAGGGCUGCACACGGUCUACACCAAGCUGAAGCGCCUGGAUAUAUGCCCCGUGGUGUGCACCGUGGAGCAGGUCCGGAUCCUGCGGGGGCUCGGGGCCAUCCAGCCCGGGGUGAAUCGCUGCAAACUCAUCACCCGAAAGGACUUCGAGGCGCUCUACAACGACUGCACCAACGCCAGCUCUCGGCCCGGCCGCCCACCCAAACGCUCUCUGGGGGUGGCCAUGCAGGAAAGCUCCCGGCUUCUGCCCCACAGUGUCCAUGGCCUGCUGUCACCCGGCCUCCUCUCCCCGACAGGGCUGACCGCGGCGGCGAUGGCGGAGGCCAUGAAGCUGCAGAAGAUGAAGCUGAUGGCCAUGAACAGCCUGCAUGGAGGCGGCAGCCAGAACGGCACCGAGUCCGAGAACGAGGAGCUCAACUCCAACGCAGGCGGCAGCGAGUCGUCCUGGGAUAAGGAGAAGCUGCAGUCCCCUCCCCCCUCCGCUCCUGCCCAGCAUGGCCUGGCCCAUGCCGGCCUGUCCAGCCAGCACCUCAGCUCUCUGCAGCAGAACCACCUAUUAGCCAACCGGCUGGACCUGCCAUUCAUGAUGAUGCCCCACCCCCUGCUUCCUGUCAGCCUGCCGCCUGCAUCGGUUGCCAUGGCGAUGAACCAGAUGAACCAUCUGAACACGAUCGCCAACAUGGCCGCCGCUGCUCAGAUGCACAGUCCACUGUCCAGAGCUGGAGCCUCCGUCAUCAAGGAGUGUGUGCAGGACAGCCCCUCCCCCUCCCCCUCCCUGGAGGAGCCCCCGCGCCCGGGAUCCCAGCCCUCCUCACACAACAGCAGCAGCGCCUCCAGCUCUCCCGCCCCCCACCAACAAACCCCCGACCGCCUCGUGAUGAACCCACCUGAUGGAGACCUGGGGGACCGAGAGGCUGGACUGAACAUGAAGAAGAUGCUGAAAGAGAAAGAGGAGGCUCAGCUGACGCCCAUGAUGAAACCCGGGUUCGACAAACUGCCCCUGGCGGGACAGGCCCUGCCCCCUGGCUUCCCGGCCCCCUUCCUAUUCGCUGAUGGCCUCUCCUCGGUGGAAACACUGCUCACUAACAUCCAGGGCCUGCUGAAGGUGGCUGUGGAUAACGCCCGCGUGCAGGAGAAACAGGUGCAGCAGGAGAAGAAGGAGCUGAAGAUGGAGCUGUACAGGGAGAGAGAGAUUCGAGAGAGUCUGGAGAGACAGCUCACCUCCGAGUUACACAGCAGAGCCACUAUCCAGAAGCGGCUGAAGAAGGAGAAGAAGGCCAAGCGGAAACUGCAGGAGGCUCUGGAGUUUGAGUCGAAGCGUCGGGAGCAGGUGGAGCAGGCGCUGAAACAGGCCACGUCCCCAGAGAGCCUCCGCAUGAGUCUGAAUGAGGCAGUGAUACCAGAGGUGGAGGCAGAGCACAAUGGGAACCAGCAGGAGAACUCAGCUGUACAAGAAAACAGACCCUACAUCAAACCCCCCGUCAUGUACUGAGUGAGGCCUCUUCCGGAGAGCGGGGUGCUGGGGGCCACACCCUGCAAACACACUCCCUGGAGUGAGGGGCUCCCAAAGCCCUCAGCAGUGCCACCUUCAGGACGGGAGGAGAAAGAGCGCAUACAUGGUGUCCCUCACUGGUACUCUGUCACGUCACUACGACAACCUGUAAAAAACCUUUAACUCUCUUUCCUUUUUGAUUUUGUUCUCUUGUUUGUGGAGAAAAAAGGACCUUUUAAAAAUGAGCGGAUGUUCUCCGGAUUCCAAGCACACAGAGUCCCAGCCCUUUCCCAGCAGCCCCGGCCUCAGCAGCAGGGUC